AUGAAUAGAGCAACACUGGAGAGAGGAUUUUUAAAGAUCACGAAAAGAUUCGCCAAACUUGGUGGGAUUUGGCCGAGUCAGAAUAAAUCUGUGAAAGUCAUUCUGUGGGCUAUAGUGGAUAUUUCUUUGGUGUCGUCUGUGAUCACGCAGGCUGCAAGGAUUAUACAUACAGGAACGCUGGACGUCGUGAUAGAGCAGUCAUCUCUAAUAGGCGCUACGAUUUUAAUGAUAAUUAAACACGGUAAUUAUGUUCUGAACGCGGCAAAGCUUAAGUCACUUUUGAACGACAUGUUCAAAGAUUGGGCGACCGAUCGAUCAAAAGGAGAACUCGAGAUCAUGACGGCGUACGCCAAUAGAGGAAGCUUCCUGGCUAAAUUCUACUUCGUAAACACGUGCAUAAUAGUAACAAUUUUCAUUCAAAUGCCAUGGACGGCGCAGCUGUUUCACAUGAUAAAACAAGAGAAUACGUCGCCACCAAUGAUAUACUCUAUACCAGGUUACUAUUUCGUCGAGGAUGAUCGUGAUUAUUACUAUUACAUUCAAAUGCACGUGGCCUUUAUUGUAUUGGUCGUGGGCACUGUGUUCAUCUCUUGUGACACUUUUUACAUGGUCCUCGUGCAACAUGGUUGUGGACUGCUAACCGUGGCCGGAUAUCGCUUCAAAAACGUGGUCAAGAAGGAUUCUUCUACUGCAAAACAUUCUGAGACCAAGGCAAAAGAAAUACAUAAAUGUGUAUUGUACUCUAUACAGAGCCAUCAAAGAGCUAUAACAUCGCCGUGAUGGAAGUGUGUCUCGAUUUUUACAAGUUUACCGGUUUCCUGCUUGCUCAAUUCUUGCAUCUGUGCUUUCUAACGAUGCAGGGGCAAUUCGUCAUAAAUUCGUUCGAUGAAAUGUACGAUGCAAUAUACGAAGCGUUAUGGUACAACACGCAUCCAAAAACGCAAAUGUUGUACCUGUUAGCGUUACGGCGGAAUUUAACUCCACCUCGUUUAACUGCCGGUGGAUUAAUUGAAUUAAACAUGGAAAGCUUUUCACAAGUAACGCAUUAAUCUUUAGUCUUAUCGUCAAUAAUUACGACACAAUUGCCCGGUACAAUUAUUUGCUACAUUUCAGGUUCUGAAACUUUGCGCUUCAUACUACACGGUAUUGAAAACAGCAUAA